CCAUCUCUUGGUCAGGCCGGAAACUUAUCAAUCCACCCUCGUAAAUGGUAAGUUCAAAAUGCAAAGAGGAAGCAUAAAAAAGGAAGAGCAAUCCGAGGAAUGGUAAUGGGAGUCAGGACUGAAUGUAUCACAGAGAAGCAUAAGAAAGAGAGGAAAGAAAAAAAGAAGUAUUAAUAGUAGAAGAGGUAAAAAUGAGAGGGGAGAGAAGUGGAAGAUAGUGCGGGUUUAUGUGAAGGGUGGUAUACAAGUGAAAGUGGAGGAGAUAAAAGAAAUGAUGCAACAAGAUAAAGAAGAGAUUAGCAUUAAAUUAGUUGAGGAUUUCAUUGCGAGAGAUAGAGAUCCGCAGAUAGAGAAGGAAGGGAAUGGGGAGGAAAGAGAGGAAGAAAAUCCAAAGAUAAGGUACUGAAUGAGGAGCGGAAGAAACUGUUAGAGCUUGGAGGAGUUGGGAUGAUUUAUCUUAAGCGGAUAUAUAGAGGGUGAUGAGCAAGGAGAAGGUAAUUGAUUAUUUGAUAGUGGAUGAUAAGGUAAAAGAGAAGGUCAAGAAUCUAGAGGUAGAAGAUUAUAUUGAUUCAGAUUAAAGGGAAAACAGUUUAACGGGAAGGUCAGAAAUAUCAAAAUGGGAGAGUAAAAUGUGGACGAGGAGAUGAAAAAAUGAUAGGAGAAAUAAGAAGAGGAUCAGAGUGCACAAGCAAGAAAGAAGUUAGUAAAGAUGGCAAUAGAGGUGGAUGGAAUAAGGAUUGUAAAGAGAAAAUGAAGGUCAGAAAGGAAUUAAGAAAAUGGAGAAAAGAAAAAGUAGUAGAGAAGAAUAUAGGAGACAAAAGAAGAUGUGUACUGAGUUAUGUGACUAAAAGAGAGGAAGAGCAUAAAAUUUUUAAGGAAAAUGCGUAGAAGGACAGGAUGGAAGGAGGAGUCUGGAAGCUAUUAAAUAGAGAAAGAGAGAGAAAAGAGCAAAGCAGGAAAUAUGAAAUGGGAGAUUGGAAAAAAUAUUUUAUGAAUUUGCUAGGAGAAGUGGAGGGGAUAGUUAGCAAAAGGAGGAAAAUAUGGUAGAGAAACAGAUGAGGAAGUGAACAUAAUAAGGGAAGAAAUAGUCAAGUUGUUGGGAAUAAUGAAAGAUGAAAAGGCACCUGGUAUAGAUGAAAUUCCAAAUGAAGUUUGGAAUUGUAGGGGGACGAAACUAAAGGAAUGUCCAUGAAUAGUGUUUAAUAGGGUAUGGAGCGGAGAGGGGCGACUAGAGUUAUUAAAAGAAGGAUUAGUGGUACCCAUAGUGAAGAAAGGAAAAGGGAAGUAGGUUAAAGAUUAUAAGGGUGUGACUCUAAUGCCAUCAUUAUAGAAAGUAUAUGUAACUGUUUUGUCGAAGAGUCAAAAGAAAAAAGUUAAGAAAAAAAAGAUAGAGCCACAGAAUCAGGCAGGGUUUAGAAAAGGAACGGGGGUAAUGGACAACAUAUAUGUUCUGAAUUAUCUCUAUUAAUAAAAGGACUAAACGGGAGAAAGGGGCAAUGGUAGCAAUAUUCGUAGACUUCAAGGAGGCGUUUUACUCCUUGGACAGAGUAGAGAUAAAAAGUUAUAGUGAAAAAGGGGAUUAGAUAUGGCUUCGUAAAAACAGUAUCCGAAAUUUUCAGUGAUAACGGGAUGGGGAGGAGUUAGGACGGGAGCAGAAAAGAUAUAUACGAUGAAAUAUGCAAACGAUAUAUUGUUGCUGGAAGAGGGUAAAGCAGGGAUGACAGGCCUAAUUAUUGAAUUGGAGAAAUAAUUAGGUAGGAAACAAUUGCAUUUAAUUGUAGAGAAGACAAAGAUAUUGAGGUUUCGAAAAGGACGGGAAAGAAUGGCCUGGAAUAUGGGUGGGAGUAAGGUUAGAAGAAGUAAUGGAAUUUAAAUAUUUGGAGUAUGCCUUGCAAACGAAUGGAGAUCAUAUAGCUGAUAAGAUAAAGGAUAAAAAAGCACCAGGGACAAUGAAACAUGUAUGGGGAAUAUGGAAAAGAACGUUAAAGAAAUAUUUAAGAAGGAGAAUGUGGUUAUUUGGUACGCAGAUAUGACCGGUAUUAGGUUAUGGAGCGGAGAUAUGGGGAUGGUAGGAAAAGAAAGCGAUUCAAAAUUUAGAAGAAAGGUAUAUAAGGUGGACGCUAGGGUUAGACUGGAGGACACCUGGAUAUAUGGUGAGAGAAGAAGCGCAAAGGGAUAAAUUAAGUACUAGGGCGAAUAAGAGGGCAUGUCAAUUUGAGAGGGAUUUAAGGGAGGGUAGUAGAACUAACAAAAUGGAAAGAAGAAAAUAGGUAGUUUUUUAGUUAAAGAGAUAUAGAAGGGGUGAAUAGGGUAAGCUAUGAAGAACUGGAAGCAAGCGACAGGGAAAGACAAUGGAAAGAUGGGCAAUGAUUAAGAACGUUCUCUAAGUCCCAGUUGUGCUCACCUUCUCUGUCAUAAGCACUGGAAUUAAUGUUAAGCUUUCUAACCAAAUGAGUUGAGCACCGUUUAUGCGCAGAAGUAAAGAAAUGUGUCUUCUGCGUCGAUUUGUGCGAUUUGGCAACACCGCUUUCCUCUCUGUCUCUCUCUCAUCACUCUCAUGAAAGCAUAUGGUGUGAGAGAGGUUAUAUCAUAAGUUUGUUGUCAGUUUAUAAAUACUUAUAAGAUGUCUAAUUGUCGCAAGAAAAAUGGAUUUAUUGUUUCACAAAAAUCAGCAUCUCGUACAAAAAAAGCUUUGGAAGUAAUGUCAAGUGCAAAAAAAAUGCAUUAAAGAAGUUAUAGAAGAAAAUCAAAUGAAUGAUAAUUGUGAUGGAUUACGCAUUGUGAAUUUAAAAGAAUUGGGAACAAAUAUGAAAUGUAAAAAGUGUAAACGAGUUUUGGAUUUGCAAAAAGUAUCAAAAGAAAGAUUGAUUGGCUGUCACUCAGUUCUUACUAUUCAUUGCGAAUCAUGUGAUGUUUUUACACAAGUCAACACAGCUAAAGUAGUAAACAAAGAUAUCUCUGAAGUGAAUGCUGGGUUAGUUCUUGGCGCCAUGCAUUCUGGAGCUGGACAAACGAGUUUGGAUAAAAUACUUGCUUGCGCCAACGCGCCUCCAAAAUCUAAUUAUCUGUUGAAGAAUUAUGAGAAAUUAAUUGGAAAAAUUAUGGAGGAUGAGGCCAAAGCUAGUUGUCAACGGGCAGCAAUUGAAGAGCGGGAACUUGUCAUAAAAAAUAUUAAGAAACUCAUACAAGAAUUGUAAGAAUUUCAUGUUUACAUAAAAAGCUGAUCACAUGUGUACGGAUCACGUAGCUUAUUGAGGUAUAAUUACAUCUUAACUGAA